AGCUUCACUUCUCUCCUCUCCAUCUUCAACAGAGCCCAGAAGCGAUUCAAUUCGAUUCAAAGCAUUCUUCUUCAACAUGAGCUUUAUUCUCACCCUCUCCUGCCCCGACCGGCCCGGCAUCGUCAGCGCCGUGACCGGUUUCCUCGUCCAACACAACCUGAACAUCAUCGACUCCUCGCAAUUUGGCGAUCCCACCUCGCACCGCUUCUUCAUGCGCAUGCACUUCGGCCCCGAUACAACUGGCGCCAGCGAUGGUGCUGCGGCCCCCUCCCUUGAGGCCCUCCGCGAAGCCUUCACCCCGAUCGCCACCGCGCACUCGAUGUCCUUCCAGCUCCUCCCCGCCGCCCACAAGCCGCGUGUCCUGAUCAUGGUCUCCAAGAUCGGCCACUGCCUCAAUGACCUGCUCUUCCGGCAGUCCACCGGCCAGUUGGCGAUCGAGGUGCCACUCAUCGUAUCGAACCACCCGGACUUCGAGACCCUCGCGGCAACGUACAAGGUGCCCUUCAUGCAUCUCCCCGUGACGGCGGACACGAAGCAGCAGCAGGAAACCCGGAUUCUCGAACUCAUCAAGGAGUAUGAUAUUGAAUUGGUCGUCUUGGCUCGGUACAUGCAGGUUCUGUCGCCGACGCUGUGCGACGCUAUGUCUGGAAAAAUUAUCAAUAUCCACCACAGUUUCCUGCCCAGUUUCAAGGGUGCUAAGCCCUACCACCAGGCUUAUGACCGCGGUGUGAAGCUUGUCGGUGCGACGGCGCAUUUCGUCACAAGCGAUCUGGAUGAGGGUCCUAUCAUCGAACAGAAUGUCGUUCGCGUGAACCAUGCCUUGAGUCCGAAGGAGUUGACUCAUGCCGGAAGUAAUGUGGAGAGCAAUGUUUUGGCUGCGGCUGUCAAGUAUUUUGCUGAGCGCAGAGUUUUGUUGAACGGACACAAAACGGUCGUUUUCAACUAGGCGUGACAUAGACCUUGGAUUGAUUCUAUGUUGGUAUGUGUAUAUAUAGGGGCAUAACACGGGUUCGGUCAAAGUUGAAUUUCAGCGUGGAAUGGGUGGUAGUCCUCUUCGCCAGCCCACUGUGCCUCGUGCAAAGACUCGCCCAUCUGUGAUGCGUCCAUCCCGAGAAUGAUAUCC